AAGAAUUGUGGAAAUCCCACUUUCUUCCCCAAUCCAAAUCUCCUCUCCCUCCUCCUUCCUCCCCCUCCUCCCAUGGAGUCGUUGAUGUUUAACUACGCUUCGUCGGACGAAGAUGAAGAAGUUUGUCGUCGCGACGAACCACAAUCUCGCCUGUCCUCUCACUCCUCUCCUUCUAAAACCACCUCCUCUUUCUCUUGUCUGCCUCCACCGAAAUCAUCUUCGUCUUCUCUCUUCUCCUCUCUCACCCAACCCAAGCAAACCCUAACUUCUUCUUCUUCUUCUUCUCGCUCUAACCCCAAAACCGUUCGCUCCGAUGAAGGAAACUCCAAGUCUCCCGCUCCGGUCGCCUCCGGAUCCUCCUCCAGACUCUUCUCUUCGCUCCCUCAGCCGAAACAGCAAUCGCUGUCGAACCUCCCUCCGGCGAGCGCAAACUCCAGCACGAGGCGGAUCGUGCAAUUCAGACCUCCCGUUCACGCUUCGCUUACGAGCCCUAGCGCAAUCGACGAUGACGAAGAAGAUGACGAGGAUGAGAAGGAGAAGGAGCGCAAGCGGCGGCGGGAUUCUGAAUCUGCGGCUCAGACUUCCUCUGUCAUGUCCUUCCUUUCGAGCAUCCCCGCGCCGCGGAACUCCUCCACUUUGGGCGCCCUUCCUUCCGCUGGUUCUGGCCGGAGAUCGGUCAUUGAAACAGAUGCCUCUGCUGUGGGUUCUACUGGCGUGGAAUCGAGCAAUGGCAGUAAUAAUCAAACCGUCGGUAAUUAUAGCACUUAUGAGACUAAGGAUUCAGGGAUGGAUCAAAAUGGGGGGGCUUCUGAGUAUCACGAGGUUUAUGGAAGUUAUCAUGGCAGCUAUGAUCAGAAUGCUAGCGGGAGUGAUAUUUCAUGCUACGGAGCAUACGAAAAUUAUAGUAAUCAUGGGGAGUACGGGAAUUAUGCGAAUAAUACAGAUUAUGCAACUGUGGCAUCCGCUGGGGUGGUGCAGGAGAUGUCCGACGGUGCAGUGAGAGCUUCAGGGAAGAGAGGGAGGAAUGAGAUUCCAGCGGAAAUAGUGGAGGUGAAGCAGGACGAGUUGAUGAAGAAUCGACCUAGGGAGGACCAGGUGAAAUUGACCGGGAUUGCUUUUGGACCUUCUUAUCAGCCUGUUUCAACAAAAGGAAAGCCUUCCAAACUCCAUAAGAGGAAGCAUCAGAUUGGUACUCUGUACUUUGAUAUGAAGCAGAAAGAGAUGGAGCUUGCAGAACGGCGUGCGAGAGGCUUCCUUACAAAGGCUCAAACGCACGCAAAGUAUGGAUGGUAAUAUGGAAGCUGUGUGUGAUUCUGAGAGGUUGCCUUGAGAACCGUGAAAGCUCUGGAACAUGUAUCCGUGGACUGUCAUGUGUGUAGAACAACUGUUAUCAUCUUGUAUGUACUUUAAUGUUUCUGUUUUGGAAAAUUACUCUUGCUCUCCAGGUGGAUGAUGAGCUUCCAUGUGAAGAAAAUUAUUAGUUGCGGAGUGUUUUAGUUCA